AUGCCGAAAGUGAUCAGUUACACACCUCCGUGGCUCUCACGCCCUUCUCCCGGAGCCUCCUUGUUUUCAAGCACAGCUCCGAAAGCUCCAGAGAAUAUAUCAGGCAAGCUUCAGCAAGAAAGUGACUAUGCUGGACCAACUCGCAUAUUGGCAAGGAGAGGAAACGAAGCGUUUACAGUGGUUGACAACCAGAUCCGUUGGUCGAGCCUAACGCGACUGAAGAACGAAUGGCAGCAGCAGACAAGAUCAAGGAAAGGCACUCCUGAUCAGAAAGAAGACACAGAAGGAAGGUCGGAUGCUAGCGACAGUGUGCACUACAGAGUCUUGACAGUUCCGGUUUACGAACAAAUCCGCCAACUCAUACCUUCCCCCAAUGGCGCUUUUCUGGCUAUUGUUGCAGAUCAUACGGUUCAUAUUGCCGUACUUCCGGAUCCGUCUCAUUUGUCUGGGACUGACAGCUCACCGAUUCGUGUGAAGACCUACCAGCUUGGGCCUACAACGCACGUGAUACCAGAGUCGCCUGUAGUAGCAGCUUUAUGGCAUCCGCUUGGGGCUCACAGCAACCUUGGAGGCUGUAUCGUUACCGUCACGGUAGAUGCCGCUGUACGCGUCUGGGAACUGGACCGAAAUAAUCAAUGGUCUUUCGACCGUCCUACAUUGGCGAUCGACUUGAGAAAGCUGGUGGAUGGCACCUCUUCUGACGAGGACUUUUCGCCUUCCGGCUUUGGAAAGAACAAAGGGUUCUCUGCUGAUUAUGUUGAUAUGGAAGUCGCAUCCGCUUGCUUUGGAGGCACGGGGAGUGAAACGGAGGACGCCUGGGCACCGACGACCUUGUGGGUUGCGAUGAAACCGGGCGACCUUUACGCCCUUUGCCCGCUCCUGCCCUCCAAAUGGAGAGCCCCAGCUACUACCGUUCCUUCGCUCUCCGCAGCUAUAAUUCCAAAAUUGGCAGCCCUUGAGGAGGAUCCUGCUGAUUUUGUGGAUGAGCUGACUGCCUGCCGGCAACAGUACGAGUGGUUGACAGAAAUUGAUAACCAAGACCCCUUGCAUGUUUACGAAUCAAAUACGGGCCCAGAUUCGGAAAUCCUUACUCGCCCUGCCAAUCCCAGUGCAAUCCCUAGACUGCAAGGACCUUUCCGUAUAGAUACAGGAGAUGAGGUCGAUGACUUGGACCUCUGCGAUCUUCAUGUUAUCGCUGCCAAAGUUGACGUCGAUGCCCUCAUGAUGGGCGAGGAUGAGCUUUUGCUCGAGGAUAACGGAGAGGACAAGCUGUCGGCCACGGUUAUCUGUCUUUCUACAGGAAGUGGAAGAGUUCACAUUUGCCUUGAACUUGAUGGAGUAGAGGGACAGUGGCUUCCUAGGGCGAGAAAGAAUGCCUUUAGGACCCCACUCUCGGAGCCGUCUGAUCUAGUCUUGGUGGAAUCGCUGGACACCAUGAGGGAAGGACAACAAUCGUUGAAGAACUGGCCUACAUUUACGAAAGACGUGCAUUCGAGAUAUGACUUCUUCGUGACUACCGAGAACAAUGUGAUGUUUAUCUCCCUUUCUUCAUGGGUGCAGAGACUUGAGGCGGAACUUCGAUCCGAGGACACAAGUGGCUCGGGCUUCCGUUUGGAGGUUCUCUGUGAGGGCACUGUGUCUCUAAGAGAACGCAUCUUCCAGACAGACGAGGCCCAUAAAACUGCGAAAGAUCAACCAGACCAUCUCCCCGCCUCGGUGGUCUAUUAUGAUUACGAUCUUGGCUACUUAUUGCUGACCUAUCAUGGUUCUCAUCCAUAUGCUGCUAUCAUGGAUACUCCUGAAGUUUCUUUCCCAUCACUGACAGAACUGAAUCCGGAUGCCCGUGUUCCUGGUUCCCCCGUAUUGCCACCACGCCGGCCGCCUUAUCAGGUUCCCGCUAUCUUUUACUCGGAUUCUCCCCUGGAAUUCUUCGUCGACAAACAUAUUCCACAUCGCCAGCGACAUACUCUCAAGGAACAAGUUCGCCUGUCCCCGGCGACGUUGGACCUGGUUGCCGCUGCACAUAGGAUUCUGUCUGCUCAUACCAACGCCCUGGAGAGGGCAGCAUCAGACCUGUUCCGUCGGUGUGAACGACUGCAGGGAGAAAUGCAGGAGCAAUUGAAGCAACUCACUGAUGUGUCUGAGCGAAUCAAGGGAGUGUCGAGCGAAAUUGGUGAAGAUGGGGAGCGGAAAGAAAACUCCAGGAGUGGCGAGGCAUUGGAUAAGAGACUCCAAGCGGCAAGGGAUAAACAGGAGCAGCUUGUGCAGCGAUAUGAAGCAAUUCGCAAUAAGAUUCUAAAGUCUGGUGGAAGACCACUUAGCGAGAAGGAGCAGUCCUGGGUAUCAGAAGUGGAAACAUUGUCAGAAUUGUGUGGAGAUUCGAGACAGGAAGGCCGGGAUAAUGGCCAGCAGCUGUCUGAGAGACUGGAAACUGUGAAGGAGAUUGCAGCCGACCUUCUGGCUGAGGCCAAGUCUGUAGCAGCGAAGGCUCCCCCAGUAACUGAACCGGGCAGCCCGGCAUCACCUGGAGGUGCUCAACCUAGAGUUCCCCAGAGACUGCAGCGAGCCAAGAUUGCAGAUGCAAUGAAAAUGGUGGAACGAGAGUCUGCUGUUAUUGAAGCGAUUUCGUCACGCUUGGAACGAUUGAACGCCAGUAUAUGA